UAAGUCUCUGCGGAAACGCUUCUGCCUUCGUGCUUUAACAGUUUAAGAGCCGUACAGUACAGUAGCCACACCCCUGCUUAGCCUGUCAGUUUAAUUCAACGUUACUCCCUCUCUCUCUCGCUCUCUCUCUCGCUCUCUCUUUCUCUCUCUCUCUCGCUCUCUCGCUCGCUUGCUUUCUGAGUCUCCAUCCUUCGGCAAAUCCUGUUCAACUCCCGCUUGUCGCGCAGUGGAACGGUGAAUGGACCAGCAACACUGGAAUUUUACCUUAUUUGAAUAGUAAACGACGGACUCUCUUCCACGCACGAGAACCGGACCGCACGUAACUGCACCGAGCUGCUUCUUUUGGACCAAAAGCUGAACUCGGGGGGGAAAAAAGGAAGGAUAGUGGCCACUUGUAUUCACGGAGGUCUUAAGAUCUGAAGGGUAAGAUAGGCCAUGCCGUUUGGCUGUCUAACGCUAGGGGAGAAGAAGGAUUACAACAAUCCCUCUGAAGUGACCGACAAAUAUGAUUUGGGGCAGAUCAUUAAAACGGAGGAAUUCUGCGAAAUUUUUCGUGCCAAGGACAAGACCACCUUAAAAAUGUAUACCUGUAAGAAAUUCCAAAAAAAGGAUGGAAGGAAAGUCAGAAAAGCUGCCAAAAAUGAAAUCAUGAUUCUGAAGAUGGUGAAGCAUCCAAAUAUUCUGCAGUUGGUCGACGUGUUUGAAACCCGAAAAGAGUAUUUCCUCUUUCUUGAACUAGCCACAGGACGAGAAGUGUUUGACUGGAUCUUAGACCAGGGUUACUACUCUGAACGGGACACUAGUAACGUCAUCCGCCAGGUGAUGGAAGCCGUGGCCUAUCUACACUCCCUACGCAUUGUACACCGAAACCUGAAGCUGGAAAACUUGGUUUACUACAACCGACUGAAAAAUUCAAAAAUCGUUAUCAGUGAUUUCCACCUGGCCAAGCUUGAGAAUGGUCUCAUAAAGGACCCCUGUGGAACCCCAGAAUACCUGGCUCCAGAAGUGGUUGGCCGACAGAGAUAUGGCAGGCCUGUUGACUGCUGGGCAAUUGGAGUCAUCAUGUACAUCCUGCUGUCAGGAAAUCCCCCAUUUUAUGAUGAAACAGAUGAUGAAGAUUAUGAGAACCAUGACAAGAAUUUAUUUCGAAAGAUCCUGGCUGGCGAUUAUGAGUUUGAUUCUCCAUACUGGGAUGACAUAUCUGAUGCAGCUAAAAGUCUGGUGGCACGUUUGAUGGAAGUCGAUCAGGACCAGAGGCUUACAGCACAGGAAGCCAUUAACCAUGAAUGGAUUUCUGGGAAUGCUGCCUCAGACAAAAAUAUCAAAGAUGGGGUCUGUGCACAGAUUGAAAAGAACUUCGCCAAAGCAAAAUGGAAGAAAGCUGUACGGGUGACCACAAUCAUGAAAAGGCUACGGGCACCUGAGCAGAGUGCGACAGCGGCUACUGCGCCGGCUACACCUGGAGCACCAGCUGAAACAAAAGAGCCAACAACGGGCAACGCACCCCAGGUUACCACCACCACCACCCCGGAGAGCUCUCUAGUUCCCGGAAAUGCCUCGGCCACCGCCGUACCAGCACCUAGCAGCAAAGCAGAGAGCGCUACGGAGGAGGCUGCCGGCCAGCCAGACAGCUCUGCCAAAGUGGGUACCGCAGAAGACGAACAGCCGACGUCCAGAUGUAAUGGGGAGACCUCUGCACCCCUGAACGCGGUCGCAGAGGAUACAAAUAAGCAGAACGGCUAAAGAUCCACUUGUAUACCUGGCACCAUUCUGUAAUAUAGGCGCUGGCAUGGUGACGCUAAAUUUGCAAUACUCUCUAACACAGUAUAAUUAGUAUGACGAAUAAAGAGGCAGUACCCCGUCAGUUCUGGAAGGAUGCCUGCUAAGUUAGUGUAUUCUUUUGGCUAGUGUUGCAAUAAAUGAUCUCGAUCUCUCUCUCUCUCUUCACGAGUUUAACAUUUUGAAAAAUUAACAACUGGUGAAAGCAAUUUUAGAUGUAGUCGCUGCACCUUUAAAGCAUUCACAUUCCAUAACUUGUUCGAGUUUUGUGUGAGUUACUGUAGUCACAUCAUUAAUAAUGGAAAACAAUGGCCUCCUCAACACACAUGUCCAAACCAACAUUCACUUCAUUUAGAGCUCAGGGGGGGGUCUUCAUGUUGUAAGUAAGCAAAUCGAGUCAUCCAGAAACCAGAGACACCAACCAUGUGACCAACCAAGGCAGUGAUAGUGGUGCACCUUAAAAUGUAUCCAUAGAUUAUACUUCAUCACCACUUCCCAGCAGUGCGCCAUAUGAAUGCAGACCAGAGAUCAGGAAUUUCACUUUUGAAAGAUUAGCAAUAAUACACAUUUCUAGAAUUAGCAAGGUCAGCUGAAGUUACUGAAGUGCACUGAGCAUAGGAAUGGUACUUAAUACGUAACAAAAUAUAUUGUUAUGCUCACGUCAAAAAUUUUACGUGUUCUUUAAAAAUUUGAGCGGGCAGAAUUCAUUUUACGCAAUCACAUCCCGUUUUUGAGAGAUGAUGGUUUAAAAUGACCAACAAUACAGUUUUAAAAAGAAUUAUUUAGACUUGAAAAAUUGUACAGAUUAUACAUAUAAUUGUUUUAAAUAUAAUUAUUACCUACAAAAUGUAGAUUUUCUUCCCUCUUCUAAUCCUCUGAAGGUGUUUUACAGUGGAUGCCUGCUUUCUUAGACUCACUGCAGUUUCCACUAUAAAGAUGGACCUUCUUCAGCACGUUCAUCAGAGACCACUUCCAUGUUCUCUCUAAUCCAAAUGAGAAUGUAAAAAAAUGAAUUUAUAAAGACGUGUUGCGCCCAAGUGCUAGGUCGGAAGAGAGAAGCCCCUCAACUUGUUUCCUCGCCUUUGAAAAUUGUGGCAGACACGGUUCAUGUUUUCCAAUAACAGGAAGCUGUGAAUUCCUUUUAACACUUUGCUUACUUUGCUCAAGGCAACCCAACCUUGCAAAUCUCCAUAAAAAACAUUUAAAGACCAACUUUUUCUCUCUUCUGGAAAAUAAAAAAGGUAUCUUUCUAUCCCUCUAAAUAUUAAUUCCUGGGAAUUUUGAAGGAAUAAGAAGAGAGAGAAAAAGAAAACAUGGAUGGAGAGCAAAAAACAUCUAGCAUUUACUCGAUUUGAGAUUGUUUCCUCCCCAAAUAAUAGCUGACUGCCAUUUUUCAGCUCACAAUAUAAUUCUGAGCAUGAAAAAUACGUAAGCCGUUAAACAAAUGUAACUUAUUUUAAAAAAAAAAAAUAAUAAUCAACAAUUGUUUUCCAAAAAUUCACUUUUCAUAUAUACAGUAUUUCGUGGAAACGGUUUGUAGUAGAGAAAUUCCAGUGUCUAACAACAGAGUCACCACUCCUAAAUCUAUAAAGUACAGUGAUUUUUUUGCAUGGGAAGAUUGCGGUGCAAACCAGUGUAGUAGUAGUAGUAGUAAUAAUAAUACCGUAUUCGUGUACCACGCGCCCUCGUGUAAGACGCGCACCCUAAUU